UCUUAGUUGACAAUGAUGAAGCGUGCAGCCGUGGGUCUCUGGGUCCUAUCAGCGGUGAUCUGCGUGGGCAGAGGUCACGAUCACCAUUUGGGUCACGAUGACGACAAGACCGUCCAAGACACCGUAGAGGACGGCAGCGCCAACAGCGUCUCCCUGGUGACCGAAGCAAACCAAGAGUUUUCCUUCCGACUCUACAGGAAGUUAGCAGCUGAUGCUGACUCACAGGGAAAGAAUAUCUUCUUCUCCCCGGCUAGUGUGUCGACUGCCUUGGCUGCGUUGUCCGUGGGAGCACGGGGGGAGACUCACCGUCAGCUUUUCAGUGGUCUGGGCUUCAACAGCUCCCUCCUGACUCAGACAGAUGUGGACCAGGCCUUCCAGAUGUUCCUCCAGAGGGCCAACAACACAUCUCAGGAGGACGCCAGCGAAGGGACCGCCGUGUUCGUGGACAACGGCUUCAAGCCGAAGCCGGAGUUCCUGCAGACCCUGAAGCAGUCGUACUUCACAGAUGGGUUCAAUGUGGACUUCACCAACGCCACAGAAAGUGCUGACACCAUCAAUAAGUACGUGGAGGAGAAGACCAACGGGAAGAUUGACAAGCUGGUGGAAAACCUGGAUCCAAACACAGUCAUGUAUCUCAUCAGCUACAUCUACUACAGAGGAAAGUGGGCGACUCAGUUUGACCCUGAGCUCACCAAGCAGGACGACUUCAACGUGGACGAGAACACCAAGGUUUCAGUCGACAUGAUGAAUCUGGAGGAUCGUCUCCACACCUAUCACGACUACGACCUGAACACAAUGGUCCUUCAGCUCCCCUUCAACAGCUCCUACUCCAUGCUGCUGAUGUUGCCUGACGCCAUGGCAACACUGGAGAACGCCAUUUCCCCGAACCACGUCACCAAAUGGUUGAAGGCUAUGAUGAGACCCAGGAGACAUGAUGUAUAUAUUCCAAAGUUCUCCAUCAAGACUUCCUACAACCUCAACGAUGUGCUGUCAGAAAUGGGAAUGACAGACAUGUUUGGUGGUCGUGCAAAUUUGAGAGGCAUUUCAGAGGAGCAAGGACUGGCAGUCUCAAAAGUUGUGCACAAAGCUACGCUGGACGUGGAUGAGGCCGGAGCCACCGCUGCUGCCGCCACAAGCAUCAACAUGAGAUUAAAGUCUAACCCAUACCUCCCGGCCCCUGUGUUGAAGUUCAAUCGUCCAUUCAUGGUCCUCAUCACUGAAAGAAACACGGAGAAAAUCCUCUUCUUGGGCAAGAUUAUCAACCCCACCAUCUGAUGGAUCAUCACUUAGUGUUUGCUGGAGCACAGCUGUUCAGAAAAACUAUUGUUUUGUUGUCUCUUGCUUUAUUGACCGAGUGUGUAGCAAACUCGGCUACUGUGAAGGCAAAUUAAUGAAGGGAUAAAAUAUUAUAAACAGCCAUAAGCAUUUGGUAUUCAUUUAUACCAAAGAUUAGCUUUUAAAAAAUACAAUAGUGACCACCCACCUUUUGAACCGCUUUGGCCCCGGAGUUGAUUUUCACCGUUCAACAUCUCCAUUGGCGUUUAAUUAAAGUGCCCAUAUUAUG